AUGACGAAGAAAAGAGAGAGUGGAUCGACAGAAAAUGAAGGAUCGUUUAAAGGUCCGAAGUUUGAUCCCCCUGUCUAUCGUCAACGAUAUGCUGCAGUAUGUGAGCUGGUGAAGGAACGACAAGCGAAAAAGGUUCUUGAUUUUGGUUGUGCUGAAGCAAAGCUGGUGAAAACACUGAUAUCUCAGGACAAUUUGAUUCAUUUGGAAGAAGUGGUUGGUGUAGAUAUUGAUCAACAGCUUGAGGACAGCAAGUUUCGUAUUAAGCCAUUCACAGCAGACUAUUUGCGACCACGUAGUCAUCCCUUCAAAGUUUCUCUAUAUCAAGGUUCUAUUGCUGAAGCAGAUGAAAGGUUCAUUGAUUUUGAUAUAGUUGCUUGCAUUGAACUGAUUGAACACCUUGAGCCAGACAUCCUUGAUUUGAUGCCAAAGGCAGUCUUUGGUCAGCUGUCUCCCAAGGUUGUUAUGGUAACAACACCCAAUGUCGAGUUCAAUGUCUUGUUCCCUGAUCUUAAAGGAUUCCGACAUUAUGACCACAAGUUUGAAUGGACAAGAGCAGAAUUUGAAAAAUGGUCAAAUACUCAAGCUCUCAAGUACAAUUAUACCGUGAGAUUUGAUGGGAUAGCUCAUGGACCAAAGGGAACAGAACACUUGGGCUGUUGCUCUCAAAUGGCUGUGUUUGAAAGGAUGUCAUCCUUUUCUGCUUCCAGAAAGGAAUCAGGAAUAGGUCAGCCAUACAAUCUGAUUGCAGAGGUUCAGUUCCCAUUUAAAAAGGACACAAGAACAGAGGAAGAAAAGAUAUUGCAAGAAGUUGAAUACAUCCUCUGGAUGCUGUCAUCUCAAGAGGAGGUUCAUGAUUCAGAGGAGAGUGAUGUUGAUCCACUAUCAAGUGACAAGGAUGAGACAAGUUGUCAUUAUGAACAAAAUCACCUCAUGCAUGACGAAGACUGUGCAAAAGGAGGCCAUGACGAAGCUCAAAGACAUGUAUACUUGCUUAAAGAGUUACUUGGCUUAAGAUCUCUUCAAAAGUUUUGUAACGAAAUUGAGAAACUAAGAUCUGUGCUGAAAGGUUCUUCAAGGUUUUGCCUUACUGAAGACGAGCGUGGAGUUCUGUGGCAGCAUCAGUCAUCAUCACAGUGGAGCAGUGAAGAGAGUGACACUGGUUGGGAUGUGUGUGGUGACGAGCAAGAGGUGUAUGAAUCAAAGAGACCUGACUCAGCCUGGACAGAACCUGAAAACUGGGAUGCUGCAGAUGAAAUUACAACAGAUGCAAAUGUCAAGCAAACAGAAGCCAAUACAGAGGUCUGUUGGGAUUCUGCUAAUGGUUGUAAUAACAAAUGUUGGAAUGGCGAGGACUGGAGUAAAUUGGAAGAGUAUGGGGCUGAUGAUGAGUUUCAGGAAGAAAAUAGUUUCAAUUUUCAUAACAGCUACACUGUGGCAGUCCCACUUGAAAGUGAUGGAUCUGGUAGUGAUGAUAUUGAUGGCAAUGAAAUUGGUGACCUUGUUUGGAUUACAGAGAACACUGCAAUAACGGAUGCAAACCCAAAAUAAUCAACACAACAUUCACUGUAAUUUUGUUUAAUAUUCUUGCUCCCAAAUCUCUGGUUAAACCUCUUUGAAGAGUGGUUCACAAAAAUACUAAUUGUUUAGGCUGAAAGCCUUUGGUGGUCACCUAAAUUCACAAAAGAGGCAUCUUCUAGAAAAAAUUAAGUACAAGGACCACUUAAAAAUAAAUUUUCUUGCCUGUAAAUUCAAAGGUAAGAAAUAUCUAUUUAGUGAACCCAGUAAAAAGAUAAAUAAAUUUCUUUGGUUCUUCUUUGUAAACCAAAUGUUUCUGUUAGAUUUACUAUUCAAAAGUUUCAUUUCAGAGAGACUGAGCUAAAUAAUUUUAAUUAGAUAAAUAAAUGAAUGUAUAAAAUGUGUUGAGUUACACUGAGAAAACAUCAGCCCUUCUCUCUGAAUAUGGUGCCUUUUUACCUCUACUUGGUAGUACACAUGUUUUAAUACAAGUCAUGAACAUGAACUAUUAAGUAGUAGUUAUAGUAUAUAAGACAAUCUUUUUUGUUUUAUUAAAACAAUGACUUAAAAGUUAUGGCUCUGAUAAGUAAUAAAGAUGUUUUUUGUUAUU